GCGUGGUGCGGGUUAGCGAGAGUUGCCGGGAUUUUUCACAGCAUGUUUGGUUGUUGAGAGACCUCAGAGGAGAAGAGGCCACUCGCUGACCACCUGCCAGAACAGAUCUUUCAUUUUCCAACUUCACCAUGUCCUCUGAGAGCACCCUAGAUGAUGAGGACACCUUCAAGAUCCUGAUCGCUACAGACGUUCAUCUCGGCUACCUUGAGAAGGAUGCCAUCCGCGGCAAUGACUCUUACAACACGCUAAAUGAAAUCCUGGAGUGUGGCAAGAAAAACCAGGUAGAUUUCAUCCUCCUGGGCGGUGAUUUGUUCCAUGAGAAUAAGCCAACACGCAGAUGUCUCCACACCUGCAUCAGUAUGCUAAGAAAAUACUGCAUGGGAGAUUCGGCCGUGCAGUUCAACAUCAUCAGUGACCAGACCGUCAACUUCAACACAACCCAGUUCCCGUGGGUUAAUUAUCAGGAUGAGAACCUGAACAUCUCCAUUCCUGUGUUCAGCAUACAUGGUAAUCACGAUGACCCAACUGGGGCCGAAGGUUUGUGUGCACUGGAUCUGCUGGCCGCCUCUGGUCUCGUCAAUCACUUUGGCCACUCCAACUCAGUGGAGAGGAUAGAGAUCAGUCCCAUUCUCUUGCAGAAAGGCAGCACCAAACUGGCCUUAUACGGCCUUGGUUCUAUCCCAGAUGAGCGCUUGUACAGGAUGUUUGUCAACAACCAGGUCACCAUGCUUCGCCCCAAAGAAGACCAAGAUGAGUGGUUUAACCUCUUUACCAUUCACCAGAACAGGAGUAAGCACGGUCCCACAAACUACAUUCCUGAGCAGUUCUUGGAUGACUUUAUUGACCUGGUGGUGUGGGGCCACGAACAUGAGUGUCUGAUCGCGCCAACCAGAAACGAGCAGCAGCUCUUCUACGUGACACAGCCCGGCAGCUCCGUAGCUACUUCCCUCUCGCCCGGAGAGGCUACCAAGAAGCACAUAGGGCUGCUGAGGGUGAAAGGUCGAAAGAUGAACCUGCAAAAGAUCCCCCUAAAGACCGUGCGGCAGUUCUUCAUUCAAGAUGUGGUGCUGGGUGACUACGAAGACAUGUUCACACCUGAUACACCUCAGGUCACAAAGAAGGUGGAGGACUUGUGCUAUGCAAAGGUCUCAGAGAUGUUGGAAGAAGCGGAAAGGGAAAGACUUGGAUGCCCACUCACCCCAGAGAAACCUUUAAUCCGCCUGAGGGUGGACUACACUGGAGGGUUUGAGACGUUCAACACCUCUCGCUUCAGUCAGAAGUUUGUGGACCGCGUGGCCAACCCUAAAGACAUCAUUCACUUUCUCAGGCGGCGCGAGCAAAAAGAGGACAUCAAAGAUGAGGUCAAUAUUGACUAUAGCAAGCUGUUAAAACCCACUGCUAUUGAAGGUCUGAGAGUGGAGGACCUAGUUAAACAGUACUUUGAGGCAGCUGAACAGAAGGUACAGCUGUCUCUGCUGACUGAGCAAGGCAUGGGAAAGGCCAUUCAGGAGUUCGUAGAUAAAGAUGAGAAGGACGCCAUUGAAGAGCUGAUCACUUACCAGUUAGAGAAGACACAACGCCAUCUUCAGGCCAGAGGAGUAACUACAGAACAGGAUAUAGACACUGAGGUCCGGCUAUUCAGAGACGCCAAAAAGAACACGACCGAGGAAGAGAAUGAGAUCAGAGAAGCUAUCAGCAGAGCCAAAGCACACAGAUUGGAGCGCGGCGAUAACCCAGUGGAUCCAGAUAUAUCAGACGAGCUUUUAGAUGAGGCCAUGGACGAUGACGAUGGCUCGGUUGCUUUUCCUGCCCCUACGCGAGGCAGAGGACGAGGCAGAGGGCAGGGCAGCCGCGGCCGGGGGAGUCGGGGAAGGGGGAGAGGUGCAGCCGCCUCUGAACCAAAGCCAGCUGGUCGGGCUCGUUCCCAGAAAUCCUCAACGACGACCCAAAGCAGAAGCAUUGUCCAAGCAUUUCAAGCUCCGUCCCAGAGAUCAUCUCGGACUACAGCCACCAAAUCCUAUGUAGUAGACGAGGUGACCAUUGAUGACUCAGAUGAAGACUUACCUUAUAUGAAAACUACUCGUCCCCCUCCAAAACAGUCAGUGGUGUCAUCGUCCUUUACUAAAUACAGCUCCCAGAGCCAGAGCCAGUCGUCUCGAGGAGUUGCGUUUGAUGACAGUGACGAUGAUGAGGAUAACCCAUUCAAAGGUCCCAGCGAUCGUUCGCGGAGAUAACCACAAGUGCAUCCGUCUGUCUGACACGUAUUGAUUGAAGUAGUUGAUUUUCAAACAAAAUCUGUAAGUACUGUUUAGCAAGUGAGCUACUGCAGUUUCGUUGUGAGGGACAAAGUGCAUUCUUACUAUUUUCUCAGCACGCAGUCUUCCUCGUGUUAACAAUAAUACCUCUGAUCAGCUGGUGUGUGGCUAUGGAUAAUAAAUAACCAUUCAGUUAGUGUUUUUUUUGGUGAAACGUGUCAGGCGGAGCAAGGUGGAGGAAAGACUUUCAGUAUGUCGUCUUGCUCAUUUGCUAAUCCCCAACUGAACCUUACCUGAGUGGAUAUGAUACUGUACAUCAACAAUGACCAGUGGUGAUUUUAUUUGUCACUGGCCCUUGUAGUGCUUUAAUUCAGCAAAUAAAAAAAUAAAAAUAGAGUUUUUUGAUAUU